CACAAUUGCAAGCGCACGUCAACUCUCGACCGCAAUGGCAGCCGCCGCCCCUCCAACUCUCGACAAGGCAUCGUCGUACGAUGACUUGUACGCGUCCGAGGCGGUGUCCAAGGGUGUGCUGCAGUACGUCAACAUGGGCUUACAUCCCGUGGACAAUGUAUCCCUUGGGAACCCCAAGACACAUGACUUGGUUCAGCCGCAACAACAACAACUCUACCUGGCAUUGCUCACUCUGCCUCGUGUACAGCAACUUGUGGAGCGUGCGGCAUCUGAACAGCGCUCGUUGCACGUGUUGGACGUCGGAUGUGGCACCGGGGCGAGUCUCCAAUUGAUUCAGACUGUCCUUCGCGCCUUUUCUCCGUCCGUGCCGAUCGUCGUGGUGGGUAUCGACAAGAGCCACGUCGCCGUCAAGCAGCACAAGCGACUCUUCUACGGAAAGCACGACAAGAACCAUCGUGGGGUCCUGCAUUAUGACAUCGAGCAUCAACGGAUGUCGGCGUUCUCGCGGCACCGCUUUGACAUCGUCCUCGGCGUCCAAAGCUUCCACGAGAUGAAGGCCAAUCCCGACGCCGCGAUUGCCGAAGUCGCGCGGGUGCUGAAACCACAAGGGGUGCUCCUCGCGGCGGACUUUUACUCGAAAAAUCAACCUUUUAUGACGGAUUUCCUCGGCAAACUUCGCCACCACCCAUCAUUCGACUUGCAUUUCGCCCAAGAUGUGUCGCACUCGGCAACAAUCGCUGCGAAACUGACUUCGAUCAAAAUCGUGGAAGCAUUGACUCAAGACGAGAUCGUCCAGUUUGCGUCGUUGCUGACAUUGAAAAAGUCCCCACAAUAUGAAGCUGUGCGGUUGGGCAGUGUGCAGUUUGGGCUGGUGGGGUACCACUCGGUGGUGGAAAUUGAAGAUGACGUUAUCCUACACGAUCACGUCAUUGAUGACGUGAUCAAUGACCAAGCAAGCGACGACGACAUUGACGACAUUGACGACAGCAUGAACCCCAGUUAUUACGACUAUACGUACGUCCAACCGUGAUCCCACCAAAAAAACACACAAUAAC